AUGUUAAACUCAGACUCUGACGAGCAAGAGAAGAAGAGGCCUUAUUUAAACUCACUUUCGCCCACCAUGGCUCGUAGCUCCACCACUUCUCCACCCAAUAACCAUAGCGUCGAUGCAGCAGUUCUCCAGUACCAGAACCAGAGACUUCUUCAGCAAAUAGACAAACAGAAGCAUGAUUUGCAGGAUCUUGAAGCCAAAAUUAAGGAACUAAAGGAUAAGCAAGGUUCUUAUGAUGAAAUGCUAAUCACAGUGAAUCAAAUAUGGAAUCAGUUGGUUGAUGAUUUAAUUCUUCUUGGACUAUGUGCUGGAGGAAGCCAAAAUGCUUUACAAAUUUUAGAUGGCGCUGAUUAUUCUCGUGGUUCAAUUCCAUCAUGUUCUGCGGAGGAGAUGUUUCUUUGUAGACUCCUACAAAGAGAUUCUAUAGAAGCUAAUGGGAGUUGUUAA